AACACCCUCAAGGUAACAUAAAGCUAAAACCUCCCUUUGUAGAACGGUUGCAUAUGUCCUCUACCAUGGCAAAAUUCUCUUCAAAGCCGGUGAUCAUCUGUCUGAACUUAGGGCUUUUGUGUCACGAGACGGCGGCAAGCCAGCUUCAGGUCUGUGGAACAUACAAUGAGUACCGGAGUCAGGAACGCAUAACACUGAACCAAAACCACUCCACGACUUGCUACAAGAUAUUCUCGGUCAGCACUCCGGCCCUCGGUAUUCGGCCCAUCGGGUUCUAGUUCUAAUUGAUGCGACCUUCCAGGAAUAGGUGAGCUUUGCUUCACGUCAUCGUUCCGAGCCAGCCGUUACUUCCGUCAUUGCGCCUAAACUGAAUAAAACCCAGGCUUAUCAACUUCCAAUCCUCGUCGAUCCCACUUUUUCACACCAUAUGCACUCCAAUUCUUCAGGCCGUAUAACGAUCUAUGUCUUUUGAUUCUGAGCAUGGCAGUGACCGAUACAAGCCUCGAUGAGCCAGCUUAAUAGCUCCAACGUCGUCCGGUGCACUUGAUUGCCAGAUCUCACAUAAUAGCAGCGGCAAUGUACAAUUUCAUUCACCACUAAUUUACCUACUAUGUAUAUGCAAUAUUAUCCCUGUCAACAUCGUGGAUGAGAAGAUCCACUUUUACAAGCCCACUUUUAGGCGCUAUGUACCGUGAUUGGGUUUAACAUGAACGGUAUUGCUGUUUCAACGGCCUAUCGAAGUCAACUGGAAGGAUUUAAAAUGCCGAGGAGCAGGCCUCUCCACAACGGUUGAAGCGAUAAUCAAUAGCAAGGUACUUCUAC